AUGUCGCACGGCAAUUUGCUGCAGGGAUACAAUUGGGAAACUCAGUAUGGCGAUCCGCAGGUGCAGUUCCCUCGUCCCAUUCCGGAUGAAGUUAUCAGCGUUUACGAGGUUUACGUGAAGGAAGAUCCGGCCUCGGAAUCGAGAAGUGGCGACGUACCGAGUGUUUCAGGAUUAGGACCCAACACCAAUCAUCAUUUGAGCCAAGUAACCAAUCCCUACAAUUGUUUUAUCGAUGAGACUUAUUUGCGAUCGAAUGAAAUUACUUUUAAGGAAGAAUGCGUGGACCUGGAUACAAGCAUAGGUUCCGAAGUGAUCAAUAUCGACGGCACUGUCACGAAACUCGUCGACAAGGACUCGUUAAGGUACAAAAUUUUCGAGCAAAGUGUCAGCGUACCGGAUAAGAAUGUAGUUGUAUAUUCGCAUCCUGUUGCCGAAGGACCUUCGUCCUCCACAACUCGGCUUAUUGAUAAGGAUGAUCCGCGAUCCAGGUUGCACUUUGUAAAAUAUUUGAAACGCGAUGGAAAGACGCUCAAAAUCUGGGAAUGUGGUAUUUGUUCAAAAGAGUUCCGCCAUCAGUACACUCUGAUGAGACAUUUGCCGACCCAUACCGACGAGAGAAACUUUAAAUGCGAGGCUUGCGGCAAGGCUUUCCGACAGUUGUCAACAUUGAGUCAGCAUAAAGCUAUACAUAGCGAUGCCAGGCCCUAUGUAUGCGAAUUUUGCAAGAAAACGUUUAACAGAGUAUCUACGUUAAUCUCCCAUCGAAAAACACAUUCGGAAAACAAACCGCACAAGUGCCACGUGUGCGGUAAAGGAUUUCAUCAAAAGGGCAAUCUGCGAAACCACGUGUUUACGCACACGAACGAGCGACCGUACAAAUGCGAGUUAUGCGGCAAGGGUUUCAAUCAGAUGUCGAAUUUGGUCUGUCACAAGGUAAAAGCACACGCACACGCCGAUAAGAUGCAAUAUUCGUGCGGAGUCUGUGGAAAGGAGUUUCCACGCAGGUUCGCUUUGCGAUCGCACGAGGAGCACAAGCACGGUGUUAAAUAUCGAAGCACGGGCAGCACGCAAUCAACCGUGAACGAGACCAAUGCCGGCAAAAGCAAAAAUGUUAGGAUCAUUCAGUUAUACAAUGGCGAUCGGAAUCAAACAAGCGAGACCAAAGAGAAAGAUUAUUUUGGCUCGUCGGAUUUGAUGGACAGCAUUGUGAUAGACAAAAUCGAUACAAAAGCAAUGGAAAUGGCAUUGCUCCAGGGACAGACUCCUUUUGCUCUUUAUAAACCCGCAAAAGGUAUACCGGUACUCGUUAAAAUUUCGCCAACUGCGAGUAAUAAGCACAUACUUACACCUGCGACUGCCGAGGAUUUGAGAAUGGCAGGAAAAAUAACUCUGAAUUCUAUCGAGACUUCGGAUACUGACAGCAAUAAGGCUGUUCAGGUGAAAGUACCAGUAGUUGCUACUGUAAUACAGAAUAUCGAAUCCGAUGGAAAAUCUAGCUUUGUCAUUGAGCCUCCUGGUGCAGAAGAGGAGCAAGAUGAUCUGGUGACAGCGUUGGACUCGCAGUUCUCUCCAUCUAUGCUUAAUCGCAACGAGCCGGACCGGCAAAAUUGCCCAAACUCAACUACGUCGAUAGGCGAGUGUAACGAGUUACUGGAGCUGGCUGCGCAAGGUGGAAUACAGUUCGUUCGCGCCAUGGAGGAUGGUCGUUACGAGGUCAUGACGAACAGCGAGGCCCGCGACUUAAUGGUGCAGAAUUCCCACGACGUAACGAUUCUUGACGGCGAACAGGCGGACGCCAUCAAUCUCGCGAAUAUACGCAAUAACAGUGAAGUCAUCAUUGGCGACAAUGAUAAUCAGAUCAUGGUGCUGGAAUCCGAUCAGAAGCCCAGCAGUAUGUCAAUGGACAACAUUGAAAUUCUCGAAGAUAAAGAUAUUAGAAUUCUUGACACUAAAAACUUAGACGAUCGUUUCGUGGAUGGCAUGACAUUCUUCUCCCAGGCGAAAAUCGACGACCUCUUGCUGGGUUCCAAAUCGCUGGCUAUCGAUGGCGAUAGCGCUCUUGCCGGGCACGACGAUGCAAUGACUGUGCCGUCGAGCCAGCAGGACCUAACGAGCAUCUUGGGUCAUCCCUCGAACCUAUCUACUAACUCGCAGUCCUCGUUAUCGUCUAUGUUAAUGAAGAACCAUCCGCAAUUGUCGCUGCUGAGUGAGACGCUACCGUAUCUGAAGAGCAGUCAGAGCUUUACGGAAGAUCUAAAUAUUCUCGGUGUCUCCCCUAUGGAAGAUCAUCAUGCGGAAUACGAUUCAAAGAUGAAGUUACCCUCGGUGUUUGACGACGACUGCGAUACGGGCUUAAUACCUUUCGGUCAAUCGGAUAUGAAGAUGCUCGACUCUGGAAGUCAAUGCAUGAAGUCUUUUAGCGACAAAUUCUGUUUGCCACCUCCGAAGAUGUAUCCCGGUCUAAACGAGGUGAAGAUUUUGGGACCGAAAAAUCAUAGUCAUGAGUUGAUAACUCCACAUUAUCAAGAUUCUAGAUUUCUCAGUCCUUACGAGCAGUUUCUCAAGAAUGUUACUAUGCAGAACAUUUGCGUAUCUAAUAUCGCCGACGCAUCCGAGGGAUGUAAAAAGGAAGUGAAGAUACUUGGUAAAAAGCUCGGUACUGGCAUUAUCACUACGACCGAAGAAGGUGAUAUCGUUAAAGUUCUUGAUGAAAAGCCUAAAUUUGAAAGCACGCUGGAUCUCUGCGAUAAUGUUUUGCAACAAUGUGCGACCAUGUCGCCGAGACGGUUACAUCGGCAACCACCGAUGGAGAAUGAUGCGGAUAACUUUUUGCUCCAAGUAAACACUUUUCACAAUAAUUAUUAUAUGAGCGACGAAAAAGAGAAUAUUUCUCCGAUAUGCAGGCUGGCAGCCCGCUCGGAUUUUCUGAAUUUCGGUAAUCGCCUUGCCGGUAAGGACUUGUCGCCCGAUGGCCACAUCGAUAGAAGUCAAAAGGAUGAUCACGGGGACAGUUUUACAUCCGGAGAAAUGUUGGAUCUGGAUUGACGAAGCGCGAUAGUAGACGAAGUGGACUCUUAUAGGAGUUAUUCGUUGUUUUGUGUCACUAUUCGUCUGGAAAUGUUCCAGUGGAAUUCGUGCGUUGCUUCGAUUCUAUUCGGUGCGUACAGAGAAGUGGAAGGUGAUACACGAAUGAAAAUAAUUAAAUUAUGCAAUGAAAAAGCAGGUGCGUCUUUUUGGCAUUUUUAUAGUUUUUCGUUCUAUAAAAGAUUGCACUAAUUUAAAUCUACUAUAAAUCAAAUUUUUAUUUACGCAUUUUUUUUGCAAAUUUUAUCGUUAAACAAUAAGUGACAUUACGUGGAAAUUGUGCUAUCCAAUAUUUUUGAGAACAUACAAUUGACUUGUGACUAACAGUUGAAUGAAAUAUCUAUCAAAAAAUAUGAAUAUUACAUUUUUUAAUAAAUUGCAAAUAUAUAUCUUAUGAAAUAUGCUUGUAAAUCGAAAUAACUAAUAUCUCAGAUAUUCAAUUUCAUUGAUUUUUAUAUAUGAUUCUUGAAUUACGCCAUAUUACUUUCGAGUUUUCUACAUUGAUUUAUGUAAUACGAUUGUAUAAAUCUCUAGUAUUUUAUAUUCAGAUUUGAAUGUUAAAAAAUAAAGUGUAUAAAUAGAAGUCCCUUUUCCCGAGCUUGCCUUUUAUUCGACAAAAACAAAGGAUGGUUAUAUCCGUUAGCAUGGGGGAGAAAAAUCAUCCCAGCAUUGCUGUUUUUAAUAAAUACGUGGGAUAGAGAGAUACGAAAGACUGCGGUAUCCCGAUACGAAGGUUAUUUAGAUUUAUUCGCGAAUUCUUGACUCGGCAAUAUUUUCUCCGCGUACACGUGCCAAUACCAAUAGGUGGAGUGGUUAAUACUGUCUGCCCUGGCAUCCAUCCUUGCUACUUGAUAGUCAGCUCCCAUUCGGAACCGCACCGUCUUAUAUAGUAACCCGUACAAGCAACCUGAUUUCCGUAAUUUGUAGAAUUUAAAAUUAACAUGAAAAACAAAUCAAUUAGUGAUUUAUUGACAAUAGACUCUUGUGCGCAAAAUUGUUCAUAGAUAUAAUUAAUAUAUUUUAAUAGCGAUAUACUAUGUAAUUAAAAAAAUAAUAUUUGAUUGUAUCUCUGAAUAAUCGCCAAAUUUUAGUCUUUUUUUUUAUGUCACAUUUCGUCGUGUGAAAAUGUAUGGUAAAUUUAUAAAUCUACAAGAGCAGUAAUAUUGGUAUUGGUACGUAAGCCUCGGUAUAUCUAUCGAGUGAUAUCUUAUGGUCGGACUUAGCAUUUAUCUUCACUACUUGAUAGUCAGCUCGUAGAAACCUCUCUACAUUUAGAUAACGCACGAAAGACUAGUAAUAUAAUAUCUCGGGGAAGGCACAAGAUCGAAACAAGCGUGAUAAAUUAUGAAAGAAGUAAUAUUGCCUUUUCGUGUAUCGAUAAAGCAAUGUAGCGUUUUCUGAUGUAAAAUGUUCGGCAUUUUUUCUUUCGACGCGAUCUCUUUGGUCAAGUUGAAAUCGUUUUCUCCCUGAAAGAUUUUAUAGAAUAUUAUUAUCCAUCAUGGGGUAAUAUUGAUCGACUAUUAUUAUUGUUAUAUGAUAUGAGAGUGAUUAUUCAUUUUCCAUUCCAGGUAUUUUUACUGAAACUCGAUAAAAGGGACGUUAUAAACUUAAAUCAAUUUUCUUCGUAAAAUCUUUCUUCGUA